AUGGCCGCGGAUCGUAAUACGCCAGAAGGAGUUGAGAAUUGGCUUAUUCAGUCGUCAACCAAUCCUUGGUCGUUCCCUUCGAUCGUAGGUCCGGAACUUACAAGGGAAAUACUGCAACAUAUUUGUAAUCGUUGGAGUUCGUAUUCCUCUAAUAUUAAGUUGGGAGUGUUAUUUGCACUUUUGUGCAUUAGAAAAAUUUCGUUGAAUACUAUGGGAAAUGAGUUAUCAGCGAUAAUUACAAAUGGAUCUAGCGACAAUGAUGAAUGGGUUCGUUUAGUAUCAAAAAUGCUACAAAAUUAUCCAACCACAAAUGCACUUGAUCUUAACAUAGAACAACAUAUUCCUAAAGACGCUCAGGAGGGACUUCAAAAUUUAAUGGAGCGAAUACAACGAACUGGAAUUAAAUUCCAUCCGACUGAAUAUGCAUUUAUAGACCGUGACAUAAGUGAUGCUUUUUCAACACUCACAAUUGAAUUAGAGCCCGCUCGACAUUUUGCUUUAAAGCAGGGAUUUGAAAUAUCAAAGCAACAACGUCUAUAUGCCUUGAAUAAUGUAGCAAUGCCACCACCAUCACCGGGAUUAACAUCUCCUGUUAAUGUAACAGGAUUUAACUUUGUGUCUGAUCAAACUCGAAUUGGCUCAUCACAAGCUUCAACAGGACCUUCAAUAUUCAUUCCUAAACGUCGACCUUCACAAUUGUCACAACCAUUUCUCAGAUCUCCAAGUCUUCCAAAACCUGGAUCUAUAAAUAUUUUGCGUGGACCGGAUUCGCCAACAGAACCAAAAAUUACUCAAGGGAAAAAAUACGUAAAACCCACUAAAAUUCAAAUUCUUGAUAUAACUACUGCUACAACUAUAACACGAAAUCAAGAAGAAACUAAACUUAAAACACAAAUGGAGGAACAACAAAUGAAAGAAAUGCGAAGACAGGAACGUGAAAAACGUCAAGAAGAAAGACGACGUGAAGACGAAGAGAAAAAAAACAAGAAAGAACGCGAGAAAGCCGAAAAAGUACGACUGAAGGAAGAGGCCAAACUAGCGAAAGAAAAAGAAAAGCAAGAAAAGCGUGAAAAGGCGGCAGCAAAAACGGCGGCUUCUAACGAAUUGAGUAAUACGCAACAGGCCAACGUUCCUUAUGAUGAAACCAUUGAAGAGGAAGUUGUAUCGGACGAGGAUUUGCCACACAAAAAAUCCAAGAAAGCUACGGUUUCACCUACAUUUCCAGCUUCAUUAUCACCUGCAAACCUAUACCAGCCAGAUAUGCAGACUUCAUCAACACAUGAUCAUAUCGCCGACAACACUGAUACCAUUGCUACUGUAUCACAGAAUGGAUCUAGCACAUACACACAGGCAACAAUAGCUGAACCACUUUCAUCAGCAUCUGAACAACCUAUUGUUGCGGACCCAGAAUUACCAAGACCACAAUUCGAAGAGAUACCUAAAAACGAGAUGAAUGAAGAAUUAAGAAGACAAUUUGAAAUGAAUUGUGGCGCGGUUCUCGAUAAGUCUAAUAAGAUUCAUGGUGACAACCGUCAGCUCAUAAUAAACUUUUUAGGUGGACAUCAUACUAAACCAGAACAACGUGACAAACUCAUGAAUAUAUCGAAAGGAGUAUCUAAUAAUGAGGAUGAAAUUCGUCAUAUUAUCUUACAUGAGGAAAAGACACCAAUUCCCGAUGAAGGCAAGGAAAUUCAAGAAACUUUCAUAUUUGAAAUGAAUUUAUCCAAUGGUCAAUGGAGAAAGCUUAAGAGAAAAAAGACCAAGGCGGUAAAAAACCCAAAUUUAGAAGCAUUGAAUGGUAGACCAAAUGUCACUCACUCUGGGUAA